UAUUUAAUAUUUUUUAGAUAACCUAUUCGUUUUCUAUUUUUUCCAAAAAUGGUUGGUGCUGACAAUGAGUCAAAUUUUAAAAUUUCUGCUGUAAUUGGAUUUACUGUGCCUACUUCUAGUCUUCAAAGACAAACCCCAAUAUCUGGUCAUUUGGAAUUUGAUGCGGAUAAGAAUUCUCUUAUCAUUUCAUUCAAAUAUAUACGCAAAACUGUAUUUAUACCAAUGAACUGCAUCGUACCGCCAACUAAAGAAACUUGUCCUCGUGGAACUAUUUAUACUUUUGACUUCGACAUUCGUGAUUUUAAGUACAAGCAAUGUUUUCUCAGAAACAUGUCUGAGGGUGACAAAAAAUUACUACAUGAUCACAUAAUAAAAACUGUUGGAGUGAAAAAGAAGUUGUAUAAUACAUCGAUUUCAAGCACCAAAUGCGCUGUGCCAAUUGAAGCUCUAAAAGUUGAAGAAUCGAAAGGUUGCUUGACACCUAAACCCCCGAAAAGAAUUGUGCCGCUUGGUUAUGACUCUCUCCCUCGGAGGCCCAAGCGUGUGAUGCCACCUGAAUUUCAAAAAGUUGAGGACUCAAAACGAGUUAUGACUCCUGAACCUCAAAAAACAAGUAUGCUGCAAGAUUUUGAGUCAGUUCCUGAAGAAUACAUGCGCGAGGAUGUUCGGACAAGAUUGAGUGAACAUAAAGAAGUGCGGACAGAAUUUUGGGGAAAAUGGGUAAGUGUUUAUUUAAAAAAUUUUGUUGGGUAUUAA